UAAAGGUUCCUCGCGGCAGCGGAGUUGCAGUUACACGGUUAGACACGGGCGCACGAGCGAAGCAGAGGUGAAUUACGCGACGGGCUGAGGUAACGAAGCUUCGAACAUGCUGUCGGAGGGCAGUUCCUUCAUUAAGGGCCUGCUGCUGGGGAGCGUCUUCUGUCUGGUGGUGUCUCUCCUGGGGAGCUUCAGCCCCGGUGGCUGGCAGUCCAGUCCCAGCAGCCAUCUCCACCACCACAUCAAGGCUCCCAACAAGGAAACCCUCCAGGGGCUGCCCGAGGCCCAGAGGCUGGAGCUGAGCCAGAGGGUACGGGUGUACUGCGCUAUCAUGGUGCAACCCAAGGACCUGGCCCUCUGGGUUACGGCCAGGGACACCUGGAGCAAGCACUGCGACCGGGCGGAGUUCUACACAUCAGAGUCCUCCAAAGCCGUAGAAGCAAUAGACCUGCAGGAGCAGGACGAGUGGGCUAGAAUACGCAAGGCCCUGAGACAUGUGUAUGACAAUGCCGGGGACCUGCGCUGGUUCUUCUUGGCCCGCCCCACAACCUUUGCCAUCAUCGAGAACCUGAAGUACCUGGUGCUGGACAAGGACCCCAAGCAGCCCUUCUAUAUUGGGCGCACUGCAAAGUCAGGGGAGCUGGAGUACGUGGAGUAUGAGAGCGGCAUCGUCUUGAGCCACGAGGCCCUGCGGCGUCUAAUGGAGGUCUUUGAGGACACGGAGAAGUGUCCGGAGCGUGGGCGCACACUGUGGAAGCUGAGUGAAGAGAAGCAGCUGGCUGAGUGUCUGAAGUACCGUGGUGUGUUUGCUGAGAACGGGGAGGACACGCAGGGCAAGGGACUUUUCAACAGCAGGAGCGUGGGCUCGCUCAUCUCUGCCAGCCUGGCCCAGGACCCUCUGGAUGUUGUAGAGAGCUGCUGUUCAGACAUGGCUGUCACCUUCUCUGGAAUGACACCCAACCAGAUGCAGGUCAUGAUGUUUGGCGUUUACAGACUUCGUCCUUAUGGACACACCUUUCACGACACUUUGGCUUUUCUGCCCCCAGUGGGCUCAGAAAACGACUGAUCGCAGCCCCCUGAAGCGGGGGGUGCUGGCCGAAUGUGUCAGUUGCAGUGGACCCAAAGCCUGACCAGCUUGCACAAAUGUCUGCUCGCUAAUUAAUCCCAUUUAGUAGAUGGCCUGUAAAACACUGACACGCAGACAGCAAAACUCAUGUUGAAACUGCCCAGCUGGGUGCACUUAAAGAAAAUUCUACUCAGACUGGAAUACCAUGUGCUGGUGAGGAAAAGUGAACAUUUUUAAUUAUUGACUGUGGCAUUAUACCAAAAGAACAAAGUUGAAAGUCAAUAUUAUUCAUUACUUUAUGCAUAUGGCCUAAACAAUAAUUUGAUUUUUUUUUUUUUCCUGCUAUUCAUCUUCACUUUUUUUUUUCUCAGGCAGUGGAGAACAGUGAACAUACAUGCAAAGGCACAUAAAAGUAAAUCAUUAAUUUUUUUAUGUUUUAAUUCAGCCUGUGGAACUUGAGGUCCACCCAUAUAUUGCUGGGUGGGAAUUAGUGUUUCAGAAAUUGACAGUAUAUGAAACUUAAAGCUAAAUGUUAGCCUUUAAGUUGUCUCAUUGAAAUAUUUGAAUGCAUCUAAUGAAAAUGGCAAUGGAAACUUUUUUUUUUUUUUUUUUUU